AUGUCUACCAGUAUCCGACAAGCAACGCCCGACGACCAAUCCAUCAUCGAGGCAAUCAUACAAGAAGCCUUCUCUAUCUACAUCGCUCGCAUGGGAAGGAAGCCCCAGCCGAUGCUAGACGACUACACUGCACUGAUCAAAGACGGAGUCGUCUACGUGAUCGAGCGAGACGGUGAAAUAAAGGGCACCGUCAUGCUUGUCCCCAAGGAGGGCUCCAUGAUCGUGGAUAAUCUAGCCGUUGCUCAGUCUGCACGGGGUACUGGGUUAGGUCGCAAGCUUUUAGAGUUCGCUGACGAGUCGGCUCGGUUGGCAGGCUAUCACACCCUUCAGCUGCAUACGAAUGAGACGAUGGUUGAGAAUAUAGCCAUCUAUACACGGAUGGGCUAUGCGGAGACACAUCGUGCGGAUAAUAAGGGGUGGAAGCGAGUUUAUAUGGCGAAGAAUUUGAAUUGA